CGCUCCGGAGCCGGGCGGGCGAUGGGGCGCGGGCGGUGCGCGGCGGGGCUUGGGGCCCUGGCUGUGCUCUGCGCGGCGGCGGCGGCGGCGGCGACCGCCCCCCAAGAGGAGCCUGCGCACCUGUUUUCCGAGGUGUUCUUUUGCCAGAGAGACCCCCCAUUUUCCGGCCUGGCCCAGACUCUGGACGAUGACGAGCUGUUCUGGUUUGACUUUCCGGGAUCCACCUGGCACCCGCGCCUGCCCAGUUUCCAGCCGGAGGUGCAGAACCGCACCUCCAUCGAUAAAAUCGGGAAGCAGCGGGACUUCUGCAACGAGGUCCUAACCCUCCUCACCAACUUUUCAGACACAUACAUCGGCAUGCCCGAAGCAAAAGGUAUCCCCCAGGUGGAGAUCUUCACCCUGCAGCCCCUCCAGCUGGGCAAGCCCAACACCCUGGUCUGCUCCGUGACCAACGUCUUCCCACCGUCGGCCACCAUCUCCUGGCAGCAUCAGGACAAGCCGGUGGACUUGGGGGUGACCACCACUCAGAUCUACCCCAUCCAGACGCUGGACUUCCAGAUCUUCUCCUACCUGGAGGUGACCCCCCAGGAGCGAGACGUCUACAGCUGCACCGUCAAGACCCCCCGUAGCAAGUUCAGCAGCAUGGCCUUCUGGGUCCCCAAGGACCCCAUUGCCUCGCAACUCCUGGAAGAUGUCCUGUGCGGCCUCGGCUGCGGGGUGGGGAUCCUCUUCACCGUCAUGGGGCUGGCCCUGAUCGCCCUGGCCCUCCGGUUCAGGAGAGCAGCCGGAUCUCCCUGACCAACGUCAUGAGGACCCCCCUCGAGAAGAGGCAUCGUUUCCACUGCCCCACACCUCCCCCCCUGCCCCCCCCCACCCCCGGGUGGUCCAGCAAGCCGGGAACUCGCCCAGCCGGUGGGGCAAUUCUGUGGACGAGCAACAGAGCCCCCCCCCCGCCACCGCCGCCCACCAUCCCACCUGCACCGGGCCCAGCCAGCCGCUUCGCUCCCCGGUCCUGAUGCGGCCCCACGAGGGGUCUGCGAGAGAAGCCCCCCCCCCUGCCCUGCCGCACUCCUCAACCCCUGGCUGUGCCCCCCACAGCCCCGCCGGCCCCUCUUUACUGCAGGGGUGGCCCGAUCCGGGCCGUGAUGCGCCCACACACAGGAGGGGUUCGCCAGAAGCCCAGACAGGGUGAUGGGGCGGGGGGGGGUACAGGGCGGGCGCCAGGCCGAGUGUCUGGAGCAGUCCUGCAGAACCCCCGCCUGGCGUGUCCUUUCAGCCCCUCAGCCCCAUGGAGCAGAGGCCUGGCGUAAUCCCUCCCUCGUGUGCCGUGGGGGGGGGGUGGUACUCCCCCAGGUGGCCUUCCUUACCUGCAGCCGGCCCCUUCCUCAUCCGUCUGGGAUCUGUGGGCCGAAUUUUGCAGGGAGGUGCAGGCACCCAGAGCCGCCCCCCCACCAGGUCAGUCAGAAGCUCUGAAUCCACGACGGUCCUGCAGAGGUUUAGAAGCAGAAAGCCGCUGCCGGGUCUCACCGGGAGGAGAGCUGUGCUUGGAUCUAUCCCUAAAUUACCUGGGAGAAGGCCCACCCAGCUCAGCGGGACUUGCCCCGAGUAGACAUGCCCAGGAGCACUCUGGCUUCCUGCGGAGAACUGGAUGGGAUGCCGGGACACAGAAAGGAGACUAGAGUUAAGAUCUGGGGACAUUCAGAAGACCUCUGACGGGGCAGGGGGGCUCCUGACGGCCCUCCAAGCAGUAGCGGGCGUCGGAGUGCAGCCAGUCUCGAGUCCCUUGGACAAGGAGGGCGAGAAAUGUCACCUAGUUUUCCAGGCAGAAAUCUGUCCCCUUCGGUGCCUCCAUCUGCACCAAGCACUGCAAGUGCCCAUUGGGGGGUGGGGGUGGGGAAGGGGACAUGGCCUCUCUUUUCCAGCCCCCCUCCCGUGCCCAGUUCUGCAUGCAGUCCCAGCCACCAGAGAGGACCAGUCAGGUUUGGUGGUGCUGGUGGUGAGGAACUCCGUGACCGAUGGCUUCCUCCGCAAAAAUAUCUGUGGGCGUGCAAUGAGGAAGCUCCCCUCCAUCUCUCUUUUUCCUUCACGGACGGUCAUGUGACUUCCCCCCCCCACCUGCCAGGUGAAGAGGUACAGUCCUGGGGCAGGAGAGGACUGUACCACGUGGUUCUUUGGAAUGGGCACCUUGGCCCUCUCUGCUCCCAAGUGUGAUGCAGAGUUGAGCCUUUCAACGUGGUGGUGAAGAAACAUAGAAACAGGGCGAGGCAGAAGGGGCCUCCGGGCCAUCUAGUCUGACCCC